AUGGUGAAUCCAGACUGCCAGAAAAUGGAACUGCAUACCUUUCGCCAGGAGCUUCCUUCCCACCAGGAGGCCCGCAGACGUCCCGAGCCCACCAGCGUCAUUCCACAGCUUACUCCCAAUGAGGAUCUUGAAAGGCUGCUCCGUCGCCACCGCCCUGCCAUCGCAACAAUCGAGUUCGGCAUGAACUACGGCGCGGAGUGGGCGACACAGCACUUUGCAGCCAAGCUUGCAGAGCUCUGGAGGAAGGCGGAAAUGUUCGGACAUAUCUUUGCGAAUUCUCCUGACCCUGCCAGAGACGGACAGCUGCCCAUUCGUAUCAGAGAAUACCUCAAUCGCGUCUCGCACAGCAUCCUGAUGCCCCGUCUGCUCGCGAGCCCUGGCACCAGGUGGGCCCUGGUCUCCAGAGCGAUCAACGAGUGGCUGCUUGAUUGGGUCCUGAACGAGACGGUGAUACAGGGAUUUGACCUGGUUUUGGAUGCCGAGUAUCAACUGCUGAAGCACCAUCUCCUUCGCGACCUUGAGCCCUUCGUGCGAAAGGUUGUGCUCAACGCCAUGGUGAAAAUCGUCUGCGAGAUUCUGUGCAAGCCUGGAUUCAAAGAAUUCUACCUGGAAAAGCACCGGUGGUAUGUGGAGAAGCUGUGGCGGUACAUUGGGCGUCUUGUUCCAGACAUACCUGAGUACCAGACCGAGGGCCGCACCAGAAUCGCACAAAUCAUCGCAAAGGCGCAGGCUCUGUCGGUCGACAUGCUUCUGACUCCUUUGGAGUAUGUGCAUUAUUUCCCGGAGAGCGACGAGCUUUUUGACCCGAUUGAGAUGGUCAACAUGGACCCCACCAACGACAGAUCUCCAGCCGAGCUAGUGCGCUUGUGGUUCAGAGUCAAACUAGGUUACACUCCCGUCACAUACAUUCGCGCAAACUUCGAAGAAUCAUCGACCUGCGAGCUUGUCUUCCAGAGUGAGGUGCUGCUGAUGCCCGAGAACAGCGCGGCACUUAUCCCGGAGUCCCUGAUAUCUCGCCUUAACCAGUACUGA